AACUUACGAGCAAGUAUUAACCUCAGAGCAAUCCAUUCUCCAAGUGGGACCCUCAUUCACAUCGAUCAUCUUCGUGCUGCCCACCAACCCAGCUGUUCACAACCUGGGCGAGGAUGUGCUGAGAUCUGCGUGGGGGGAGUUAAUGUGCUCCUUAUUACACGCCGGCCCCUUGAAAGCUGAUUUGCAAGUUCCAGAGGUCAACUUUGCUAUUGGAAGCUGCCACAGAACCUGCUGGGAAUGAGCGGAGUGGAUAGUGGGUGAGGACACAGGAACCUCAGGCAAGGACUGGCUGCUCCUUGUCACUGAAUCGGGAGGUCAGCGGGCACGGGACUGGGCAGAGGCUCAGCUCACACUGUGCCAGAGAUGAGCAGCUGUGGGUGGAGAGCCCUGCUGGCCCUGGCGGUCACAGGAGUGCUGCUCACAACCCUGGGGGUCACUCUGAUUUUCAUCAAUCCAAUCAUCAUGCGGGAUCAGGUCAUUAAGAACGUACAGAUCGAUCCCAGUAACAGCCUGGCCUACCCCAUGUGGCGAGACGUUCCCGUGCCCUUCUACAUGGCCGUCCACUUCUUCGAGAUCCUAAAUCCGGAGGGAAUCCUUCGCGGGGAGCAGCCUGCUCUGGCUCAGCGAGGACCUUAUGUGUACAGAGAGUACAGACCGAAGGACAAUAUAACCUUUAAUGACAAUUACACCGUCUCGUAUCGAAGCAUUCGACAGUUUCAUUUCUGUGCCGAACGGUCUGCUGGCAGUGAGAGCGAUGAAUUGGUCUUGCCCAACAUGCUGGCUUUGGGUGGGGCACUGAUGGCCGAAAACCUCUCCCCUCUUAUGAAGCUGAUCUUUAACGAUGCCAUGACGCAGCUUAAUCAGACAUUGUUCUUCAGAAAAACGGUGCGGGAGAUUCUGUGGGGAUACAAUGACCCUCUCAUCGACCUACUUAACAGUAUUUUCCCAGGCAUGAUAUCCUCUAACGACAAAUUUGGUUUGUUCGCUGAAAUGAACAAUACAGACACGGGUUUGUUCACAGUCAACACGGGACUCGACCACAUUAAUAAAAUUCAUCAGCUGGAUAAGUGGAACGGCAAUAACAUGGUAAGUUACUGGAACUCCACUCAGUGCAACAUGAUCAAUGGAACAGCAGGAGAAAUGUGGUCUCCAUUCCGCACUCCCUCGGACACACUCAAGUUCUACAGUCCCGAUGCCUGCAGGUCGCUGGAGUUGGUGUACGAGCGCUCGAGCACAACUCUGCGUCUGCCGUCGUUCCGGUACGUGGCACCGAAGACCAUGUUUGCCAAUGGGCAGGACUACCCGCCCAACCAAGGCUUCUGCCCGUGCCGGGAAUCAGGGGCGAUGAACGCCAGCACGUGCCGGUUAAGUAUGCCGUCUUUCCUCUCCCACCCGCACUUCUUCAAUGGGGACCCAGCGCUGAGCCAGGCUGUGGCCGGCCUCAACCCCACGGAGGAGGAACAUGGGCUCUUCAUCGACAUCCAUCCACUAACCGGAGUACCAUUGAAUGUCUCCAUCAAAUUGCAGCUGAACCUGUUUACAAAAGAGGUCAAAGGAAUAAAGAUCACGGGAAAAAUGCGGACCCUCCUGUUGCCAUUGAUCUGGUUCGAUGAGAGCGGCAGAAUGGACGGCCCCAUCGUAUCCACCUUCUACCACUACAUGGUGGUGGUGCCAGCCUUACUGCAAGCCUUACAGUACGUACUGCUGGUCGUGGGCUUUCUGCUGGUGAUCACAUCCUUCGCUCUGGCUCUGCACACGCACCGUCAACGGAAGCGGCACAGCCCGUUCUCAUCACACCAAACCGACCAGUGAACCGUCAGCAGGAAAGUACUCUCAGAGGCACGGUUUUAGAUGGAAGCUUUCGAGAUGUCUGACGAAAAGGAAGCAAAUAUCUGUUGUAAAGUGCCCCGUGUCCUGCCGACCCUCCCGCCGCAGCGAUCGCCUUGAUUCAGCCUGAAAUCAACACAGACUGUUCCCCCUCCCACCCGGGAUCUUUUCACUCUCAGCGGGAAGGAAGGAACGUUUGCUCUUUUUUUUCUUUUAUUGUUUUAAUUUAAUUUGAAUUAAACUCACGGCUCCAUUAAACAAUCGCACAUC